AUGCAGGCUUUGUCGCAAACACAUCUGACGCGGCUCUCUUAUUUGAAGCCUGUAUCCAAGGCCACCUUCCCAGACUUCUUUCUCGAUUGCCCAGAUCCGGGCGAGGGAUGGACGUCAGAAGUGGCCACAUAUUCGUGUUUGAAGAGCAUGAGUCCUGUAUCAAGCGAUGGACAGACGGCAUCCACUGGAGCCCAAGUCGAGUCUUGGAUUCAUUCAUAG